CGUUUCUGAUUUCCGGCAGCUUCCAUUCCAGUCCCUCAACCUUUGGCUACUUCCAUUCAGCAUCCAAUGACAUGUUCCCAAGAUUCGUUAGGGAAGCCUGUGUACUUCAAGAUGUAGAUCCUUCGGUAUUCUCUUCCUUUGAAAUCGCUGAGGACGGGGUUGAAAUCUUCGCUGCUUUGUUGUUGGAAGUGUUCUUCUUAGGCCGUCCUCUUCCUCGCCAUGUUAGAGAGAGACAAACCUCAAUGGUACUGGCUGACAAAGGCAAAUUUUAGUGGAGGAGAACAAACAUUGAGAAAUAACAUUGGUUAGAGAGGUCAUUGUUGCAAGUAUGAUGAUCAAAGUUCUUUUGUCUUUGUAAUCUAAUUGUUAUGCAACUAGCGCUGGAUCCUCAAAUUCACGAUUGAAGUAUGUUGAGCACCUAUUCUGAUAAAGAAGGGGUCGGUGAGGAUACAAAAUGCAAGUUUUGCUGCAAGAAAAGACAAGAAAUCUCUAGUUGAAGAAGGAACAAAAUGUGGAAGAAAGUGAACGAAAAAAACUUUCACACAAUGGUUGCCGAGAAAACAGGCAAUGAUGCUGAAAUCAACGCAAAGAGGGAGACUGAGGAGUCCAUGCAAGCUCAGUAUCCUCAACUCUUCACUGACCAAUGACUCAGGGCUCGACAAAAUGAAUCCAAUGGUGCAAAUAGAUUUGAAUUUGGAGCUCAAGGGCCCAAAAAGUGCGUUUUGCCCAGUAGUUUCAGAGUCCUCAGGGGCAAGGUUUGGCAGGCUGAGAGGUUUGAGGAUGAUCAGGAAAGGGGUGCUGCAUUCUGUGUUUCCCUUUUUCUGGUUGGGUGGCUGUGGAUUUGUUCUUGAAGUUAGAACAAUCCUCAUUGUGCCUGGAAAUACCUCUACAGACAUGUCAAAAUUCAGGGAUAUCUUUGAAAAUGGCUUCAAGGAGUAGGGGUUGGGGUCCAUUUUGGAAAAUGAAUUUUGUGGUUAGAG